UGCCUCCUCAAAUUUUGAGAGGAGGGUCGCUCAUGCCUUUUCCCACAGAUUCCAGUCAACUUCCAUACUUUACCCAAAUCACCUUGGGAGAUGCUUUUAACAGGAAGUGGUUGAGCCAGCCAUCAAUGCAUCUUGUAAGGGAAAUAACUUAAAUAUUUGAAGACCACGAAAGUUAUGAGGAGAGAACAGGGCAGUUGGAUUACUUGUGUUUUUGCUGGAGCAACCAUAAUGGACCCGGCAACUUACUUCUGUGCCAGCGCUUUACUUUAGUUCCAUGACAGCAAGUUUAGGGGACUAUUCAGUUUUUGGAAGCAUCAAAAGAACAAGUGGUGCGGCUGGUGUUGAUAAUACUGAUAAGAAAGAUAAAGGAUCCAAAGGAGGUAAUGCAGUGAAGGUGAGACACAUUCUCUGUGAAAAACACGGCAAAAUCAUGGAAGCUAUGGAGAAGUUGAAAUCUGGCAUGAAAUUUAACGAAGUGGCUAGCCAACACAGUGAAGACAAAGCCAGACAAGGAGGCGAUCUGGGAUGGAUGACCAGAGGUUCAAUGGUGGGACCCUUCCAGGAAGCUGCUUUUGCUCUGUCCAACAGCACAACAGACAAACCCAUUUACACUGACCCCCCUGUCAAAACUAAAUUUGGUUAUCACAUUAUCAUGGUUGAGGGAAAAAAGUAAAAUUUAUUUAUUUUCAGCUCUUGGUAAAACCAUACUUAUUGAUAAGAAAUGGAACCAUUUCUCCUUUCUGCAGACCCACUCAGAUUGCCACAAAGAAUGGGCAGUCUGGUUUCAGGGCUCUAGUAGUAUUAGUUUCACUGACUGCAAAGAAGCAUGUGAAUAUUUCAGGAAUUUCUCCUUUUUUGGUGUCCUGUCCUUCCUGUAAAAGUGACUAUGAUAUACCAUUACUUUUCAUCCAGAGAAAAACCAUUGCAAGUUGUACUAAUUUUUUUCAAAUUUUGAUUUGUUGGUGGAACAUGUCAAAAUAAACAGUAUGAAGUUA